AUGGUUGCGUUCACCAAGUUCGCUGCGGCCGCAGUGCUGAUGACCUCCUUUGCUGCAGCUGCCCCGGUGAGGACACCCGACUCCCUCGAUGCACGUGUCGAAUGCAUGUCUCUCGGCUGCACAACCCCGGAUAAACCACACCGGUACGUGGGCGGCGCCGUGCACCUCAAGGGAAGUGAUGUGUUUCCUCCGAGUAGCGACAAAGUUGAGGAUCUUGCCAACUCCGAUGCGGACAAGAUACUGGUGAAGUUCAGCAUCGUCGACAAGCCGCUUGAGGAGGAGGCGGCCCUGGACCAAGAAAGACAGGACCCUGAGCCUAGUAAGAGGGACCUCCAGGAGCAUGUUGAGCAGGAGGGCGUGAAUGAGGCGGAGGAGGCCAAUUCCGAUGCGGACAAGAUACUGGUGAAGUUCAGCAUCGUCAAGAAGCCGCUUGAGGUUGAAGCGGCCCUGGACCAAGAGAGACAGGACCCCGACCAUGGCAAGAGAGACUUCCAGAAGCAUCUUGAACAGGAGGGCGUGGAUGAGGCGGAGGAGGCCGUGGGCGUGAAGAGUCAGGACCCCGACCAUGGCAAGAGGGACCUGCGCGAGCAGGUUGAGCAAAUCGGGGAUAUGCACUCCCGUCUUGACGAUUUCCCCGCCCUCGACAAGCACGAAGAAGCCGCCCGUCCUGGCAGUGAUCGCAGUCCGCUGGAGAAGGCGGAGGACAGACUGCUCAACGGUCUCGAGCAUCUCACCCACGAGAAGCACGAAUCAGCCCAGUGA